AUGUCCGUGGAGAGAUCAUUCGAAGCAUGGGAGGAGGUGCAGCGGCACGGCCAAGACUUAGCCGACAGGCUUGCGCAGGGUUUUACGGGUUUAAUUCAGUCUCAUAUUAGUCCACCUGCUUUUCAAUGGCCCAAUCCUCCAACGCCCAACCUAUUUGAAGUCGAGUUUGCAGCUCAGAAUUUCAUGAAAAAAGACUUUGGAUUGGUGGCGGACAAUUCUGGGAUUAAUGGUGUGUCGGCUAUUUUUGAUAUUGGGAACAGAAUAGGACAAGCGGGAGCUGAUUUUGGGGCGUGUUUGAAUGGUGUGGUUCAGCAGUUUUUUAGACGGUUGCCCCUGCCAUUCUGGCAUGAUGAGAACGCGGGGUUGUCAUUGCGAACAGAGAGUAAUUGCCAGAAGGGGAUUGAUUUGAGUAUUAAUCAUCUGCAGGAGGAUUUGGGAUCAUUGGCAGAAGGGUUUAAGGAUUAUGGUUUCCCUGAAAAUGACAAGGUCCCGGAGGGGGUGACUGAGGAGGAGAUUUUUGGUGUUAACUUGAAGGCAUUGAAAAAGUUUGGUCGAUCACAGGGUAUAAUCAAUUUCACGACGACAUAUGACAUUAGAACAAGGAAUGUGGAAAGUUCUUUGGUUGCUAGGGGAGAUUUAUGGAGAGUAGAGGCCUCACAAGGAAGUUCAACAUCAGGAAAUGAGAAUUCAUCCUUGUUCCUUAUCCAGCUCGGACCUAUACUUUUUGUUCGUGAUUCAACUCUCCUUUUGCCUGUUCACUUGUCAAAGCAGCACCUGCUUUGGUAUGGCUACGACAGGAAGAAUGGAAUGCAUUCCCUUUGUCCAGCUGUGUGGUCAAAGCAUAGAAGGUGGCUGUUAAUGUCUAUGAUCUGCCUCAAUCCAUUGGCCUGUUCUUUCAUGGACUUGCAGUUUCCAAAUGGCCAGGUCACCUAUGUAUCUGGUGAGGGCCUGUCCACCAGUGCGUUUCUACCCCUUUGUGGGGGCCUGCUUCAAGCACAGGGUCAAUAUCCGGGAGAGAUGAAAUUUAGCUUCUCUUGCAAGAAUAAGUGCGGCACACGCAUAACACCAACAUUGCAGUGGCCCGAUAAAUCGUUUACUUUGGGCCUGGAACAGGCUUUAGCUUGGAAGAGAUCUGGUCUCUUGGAGAGGCCAACUAUCCAGUUCAGUUUGUGCCCUACAUUUGGCGGCAGCAACCCUGGGACAAGGGUGGAAUUUACCCAUUCUAUAAAGGAGAAGUUGAGUCUUAUCUGCGGCUGUUCUCUUGCGACCCAUCCUUCUGCAUUUGCAUCAGUAUCUCUUGGAAGGUCCAAGUGGAAUGGAAAUGUGGGGAGCACCGGGGUAGUGUUCAAAGUUGAAACUCCUCUUGGCAACUAUGGCAGGCCUUCUUUUUCUGCUCAGUUGAAUAGUGGUAUCGAGUUUUGA